UUUAUUUUACAACCAAAAUGAACUCAGCGUCCCUUUUGGGAUGGAGACCUGAUUAAACUGUACCCCAGCCAAACUCAUUAAAACUUGGGCGGCUUUAUCCAUCGAACUCUGAUGAAAGUCAAAAGUUAAUGGCACUUCAAAUGUUCUAGAAAGGCUCCAGAGGUAUUAUCUUAUCAGACCGCAGUGAUUAUCAGAACGAGGUGACACACAUCAUCAUCGAAUUUUGAUAAAGUGAAAAACAAACACGUGAAUCAAAAGCCUGUCAUUUGUUUAAAAAAAAGUUGUGCACUUUUGAAACUUGUGAACUUAUCUCGCCAAACAGUGCAGCGGCUACUACGGGGGCAUUGAGCUUUGUUGUGGUUUGGAUAUUUCCAUGGGAACCAGUGACCAAGGAGAGAGGGAGGAUCCUGUUCAAGCAGCACAGGGGGGGCGUGUGUUAGAUUCACUGGUUUCCUGCUUCAUUUAAACUGCCUGCGUCUCUCUAAUAGCCACAGAUGUUCUGCACCUGACAAGAGAGAACGUCCAUCUGCUGUCAAGAGAGGCCCAGAGAUUUCUCACAACACCCUGGAGCUAUCUGUCCAUCCUGUUCAGGAAAACUUUGUGGAUUAUCCAUAUUUUCAUUAUAAAAGUUUCCCCAUUUCUGCCAGUGGACCCAUGUGGGUGGUGGAGAAGAUCCGUGUGUCAGUGGAGCGAUCUAACCUGCCGUUCCCAUCGGCCGAACUCAGCUUUAAAAUCGGUGACAUCAUGUUUGGAGAGAAAGCUGACAGAGCGAAGAGGAUUUUCCUCUGUCCUAAUGUGAUCACGCCCGACAACAUCCCAGAGUUCUGCAUCCCCCCGACUAUUCCGUCCUUGCUGGAGAUGAAGAAUACGGAGCCGAGCCGAGCCACUCGCGCCAUCAAGUUGUCUCCCUGCGAGAGGGCCAGCCCUGAAAUAGAGGUGACACACCAUGAGCCCCUCAACCCACACAUUAUCCAGGUGGAGAGCGUGGAUGAGGGCUGCAGUGAUGAGGAGACCACCAAUGCAGACCCCCAGAGUCAGGCUGCCUUGUCCCUUCCGCACCUGGCCAAGGCCCAGACCUGCUAUGGCUUUUGCACUUUACUGGAGAGCCCCCACACUAGGAGGAAGGAGUCGCUCUUCCACUCUGACCCUGGCUCCUCUCCACUGCUGCUUCCCAGGAGUCGAUCCAGCGUGUGCACCAAAGUCUCCCCCUCCACCUCGCCUUCCUCCUCUCCUUCCUCUCUCGGCCUCAACACCCUGACCUCCAGGCUUUCCCCGAAAUUAUACUCCCUGAACUGGCAGACGGCUUUGGACAGUGACACGACUUCCUCUACUGAGUCCUCUCCUUUCAACUCACCGCUGCUGACCAGGUGCCCUGCCAAGUCGUCCCUCUUCAAAACACUGAGUCAUGAACUACUGCUCUCAAGGAACAUGAGGAAGGCAAUGGUGUCCAGGAACAAUUCCCUAUCUACAGAUGAAGGCAGCUCCACAGACAACAGCCCCAAUGUCAUGAGGAGAGCAUCAGAGGGGUUGGCUGAAGGCCUGCCCGGCAACUACAGCCUGGCGCCGCCCACCAUCUUCCCCACGGACUUGACUCUGCACAGAGAGAAGGUAAUGAAGGAGAGAAUGGUACCCGUAGGGAAAGACGGCUGCCUGAGACUCUCAGCGGAGUACUGUCCGGAUAACCAAAGACUACGCGUUCGACUGAUCAGUGCCGAGGGCCUCUAUCCUCCCUCUGUAGAUCCGAAGAUUAUCAACUGCAGCGUCAGCCUGUGUCUGGUUCCUGGAAAAAUCCAGAAGCAGCGCAGCACAGUCAUCAGAAAGAGCCGUAAUCCCAUCUUCAAUGAGGAUUUCUUCUUUGACAGUAUCUCAGAGGAGAAUCUCAGCCAGCGAUCCCUUCGCUUUAAAGUGGUGAACAAAAUGUCCACCCUGAAAAGAGACUAUCUUCUCGGUGAUUGUGAUUUGCCUCUUUCUCACAUUGUACCAUCAUAAGACUAAGUACUUCCUUAUAAUUCUAUUUAUUGAUUUGAUUAUUUAUUUUCAUUUUUGUAUCACAAAUCUUUAUGGGAUUUUAUAAUGAUUAAAUUA